UGUUUUGGGAGUGCAAAAGAACAAUCAAAAACAAUAAUGGUUAAAUUGAAAUUUACUUACCUAUUUAUUCUGCUCGCACCCCAAAUUCUAUUUUUGUUGCGCGUCAGAGGGUCAAAACACACAGUUUCAAUUUCGCCUCAGAUAAAAAUUGGAUCCAGCGCUUUCGAUAUUUCUUUGGCUAUUUGCACCAGAUGUCAAUCUAACUUGCAAGCCGGAGCAGAAAGCUUAUCUUGGAUAGAAGCCAGGUUGACCAUCAGGCAGAAUAAAGCAGGCAAAUUCUCUGGCUUUUUUGAGAACAGAUUCGAAAAAAAUGUAAAUCAAAAUGAAGUUAAGCCCUUGUCGACCAGGAAUGCUCUCUUUUUGUACCAAUCUCCGUGUCUGAUGACGUCACAGAAAGAAGGAGUGAGUUUGAAUCAAGUGAAGUGUGAGAGUGAACAGACAUUUAUAUGUGAAUCAAAUUCAAACCAACAAUAUCAAGGUGUUACUACAUGUGCGAACGACCAAAUUUGCUGGAGUGACGACUACAGAGAUCCAAACCCCGGGUGCUUGCCCAAGCCCUUCCCCGGAACGUCCGUCAGUGGGAACUCUGCUUAUGCUGGAGAGAGAAUCAUCAAUGGAGUGGACGCAGACAUAACUGAUCACCCUUGGUCUGUGUGUCUGUCCAUUGGGGGAUCCACAUGUGGUGGCAGCAUAAUUUCAGAAUACUUAAUUCUUACUGCUCGCCAUUGUCUGGAAAAAAGAAAUCUCGAAACAACAGACAUCCAUUUGAUGAAAGGACGUAGUAACCGAAAUCCACAGCCUGUAGCUCUCGACAAAUCUACAUACCAAAUAAUAUUCCACAGCAAUCUAAACGUGGACUUAGUUUUGAUCAAAUUGGAAGAACCAAUCAAGUUUUCUCAUUCUGUGAGUCCAAUCGCUCUGCCCAAAAACAGCACAAACCAUCCAGCGCAAAAAGAGUGGGUCACUGCUGUAGGGUGGGGACUCACAUGCAAGGACCCCCCUGCAUGUACUGUAGAAAACGUGAUGCCGAAUCUCUUACAGAGUGUCGAAGUGAGGGUUGCCGAUCGAGAAAAGUGGGCCAGACAAUACGAAACGAAAAAAGACAACCCACAGUCUGUCCUGACAGAAGGCAAGCUGGAAAGAACCUUUUUUGCUGGAGGCAUUACCAAAAACAGAGACGGCACUGGUCCCCAAUUGAAGAAAGACGCCUGUUCUGGUGAUUCUGGUGGAGCUUUGGAAUGUAUUGGGGAUGAAGGCCAAACUUAUAUAUGUGGAGUGACCUCUUUCGGACCCAGAGAUCCCUACUGUGGAAAAACGCCAGGUGGUUACGUGAUGAUAUGGCUAGACGAGAUCCUCUCUUUUCUCCAUGCCCAAAUGAAGGAGGAGCAAACCUGGACAGGUGGAGUCAGUAGAAAAGGAAACAAUCUAUUCGGUGGAAAGGGCGAUCGCGAGAAUGGAAAGACUCGAGGUCAAGGUCAAAACGAUGGACCAGCCGAAAGCCCAAGUGGAAAAGGAAACCUCAAAGAUAAUUUGAGCGAAAAAAGCAACCCUGUUACUUCAUCAGUUAUGUUCACCCUAAUAGCAAUGAAAUUGCUACAAUUUUAG